UACAAAAAACAGAAACCCCCUCUCUGUCUCUCUCACACACUGACACACACAACACACUGAGAUGCUUUCAUUGCUGUUCUCCUACGUGAAGCUUCCUCGAAUCACCACAGUGCUGGAUUUGGGCACUCGUUUGGGUCUCCGAAACCGACCAAACGUUUCGCUCUACUCGACCUCAACCGCGCCAACGCUAAGGAGAAAACCCUUGAAUCCCUCGCUGACCGAUCUCUACCGUCGGAUUUCGCCCGUAGGAAAUCCCAGGGUCACGAUUGUGCCGAUACUCGACCAGUGGAUCGCAGAAGGCCAAACCGUCAGCAGAGAACCCCUCAUCGCCAUUAUCAAGGAGCUCAGAUAUUACAAACGAUAUGUUCACGCCCUUGAGGUAUCUAUGUGGAUGACUGACAAAAGGUACUUUGACCUUUCGGUCCGUGAGGUUGCCAUCCGACUAGACUUGAUUGCAAAAGUUCAUGGGAUAGAACAAGCUGAGAAUUUUUUCAAUAAUAUUCCAGUAAAAUUAAAAGUUCUUGAGGUUUAUAGUGCUCUUCUCAACUGCUAUGCCCAUGUAAAAAAUGUGGAGAAAGCAGAGGCUGUUAUGCAGAAGAUGAGAGAUUUGGGAUUGGAUAAGACCGUAGUGGCUUACAAUGUUUUGCUUAAUCUCUAUCAUAAGACUGGAAAUCAUGAGAAGCUUGACACUCUGUUGCAUGAAAUGGAAGAAAAGGGCUUCAAUUUUGACAGAUUUACAUUUGGCAUCAGGCUCAGUGCAUAUGCAGCUGCUUCUGAUGUGGAGGGAAUUGACAAGAUUCUAAGAAGGAUGGAAUCCAAUCCCAGUGCUUGUUUAGAUUGGACCAGUUAUGCUGUUGCCGCAAAUGCGUACACAAAAACUGGGUUUGUGGAAAAGGCUUUGGAAAUGCUCAAGAAAUCAGAGGGAUUGGUAAUUUCCAAAAGAAGAUGUACUGCAUUUAAUUUCCUUCUCACACAAUACGCAGCAAUAGGGAAGAAAGAUGAAGUGUUCAGACUCUGGGAGUUAUACAAGAAGAAGGAGAAGAAGAUAUACAGUACGGGCUAUAUGAGUGUCAUAUCCUCAGCGUUGAAGUUUGAUGACAUUGAUAGUGCUGAGAAGAUAUUUGAUGAGUGGGAAUCCAGAGAGUUAAGCUAUGAUAUUCGGGUUCCAACCUACUUGAUGAGUGCUUUUAGCAGAAAAGGUCUUAUGGAGAAGGCUGAAACCCUUUUAAACCGCGUAAUGGUGAAAGGAGGGAAGCCUAAUGCAAGGAUGUACUAUUUUUUGGCAACAGGGUACCUGCAGAUAAAUCAAACUGAAAAGGGAGUCGAAGCGAUGAAGAAAGCAAUUUUGGUCUGUGGGCCUUGGUGGAAGCCAAGCAAAGAAAGUUUUGCUGCCUGUCUGGAGUACUUGAAAACCAAAGGAGAUGUGGAGGCGGCAGAGGAACUCAUUAGAUUACUCAGGGAUAAGAACAUUGUCUCUGUAGAUAUUUAUGAGAGACUGAUGAAUUAUAUUAAAGGUAGUGAAUCAAGCUUGUCUGCUCUCAAUGAUGAGAUGGGAGGGGAUGCUUCAAUUGGAAAUGGGGAAACAAUUGGAUUUUCUGAGCUCAAGGAGGACAGUGGCAAUUAUAAACCAAGUAGCAGCAACAAGUCCGAUGCAAACUCAGAAAACUACUGAAACUUUUGGAUGCAGAUGCGUUCUAGUUUUGGAAACAUGUUGGCAAAGUGAUGCAGGAGAAUCUAAGCCAAAGCAAUGAAGGUCCCUCAGUCCAUUCGCUAUCUCAGGACCAGUUUUUAUUGUUAUGUUAUGCUUUAUAUCAUUAUGUUUAAAAAAAUAGGGUAUUAAAGCUUUAAUACAAACCUUUUCAAAUUUACGUAACAAUUCACAUUUUAAGGAAAUGAAUGUCACGUGGACUCCAUGUGGCUAGUGUGGUAAAUGUCACAUGGAAAUGGACUACCACUCCAGUUUGUAAACGUAGUAAGUACCAUGUGACUGUCCACAUUUGAGUGGCUAGCGUGGUAAGUAUUACGAGAAUUGUUACGCCAGUUUGUAAGGGAGUUAUAGUAAAAGUUGUGAUACCCCUAGUAGAAAUCAAUGACUAGGAUUCUAGGAUUAGUAAAAAGAUAUUAUAAAUAGUCUCUUUUGAGCUAUGGAAGGCAACAUUUUCUUUUCUAACAUAUGAAAUUUUAAAUUUGAGUUCU